UAACCCAGAUUUGGAGUUUAGGGUGUCGUGUGAAGCCGUUGGUUUCACUGCCAGGGGUGACUCUCACGGCCAGAGUUGGGGCUGGGAGCCCAUGGCGUUCAGACGCAGCCGGCUGAGCUGUCCUGGGGUACCUUUUGCAGGUGUCCCUCCGCUGAACCCCAUGUCCAUUUGGACCAUCCAGACCUCUCCCGUUUCGCUGGACCCCCUGGCGGCCCCCCAGACAAGCCCGCCUGCUCAGACCCACGGCGAGGAAGCGGCUCCGGCGGUGCCCGCCAGUUCCCCUUGGCUGCCUCAGCCCCAAAGUGCAACAAGGGCCUCUUUGGGCACCUUCCCGAGCCCUCCACCGGCCCCCGGCCAGUUCCUUCCCCCGCAUCUGUUUCCUGCCCCCCUUGGAGCUCUGGACGCCAGCCUGGGCAUCCUGGGGGAAUCGGCUCCACAGGACGGAGGAGCCCAGGGCCAGGACCCAGGCUCCCCCCCACUCUCACUCUGUGCCCGCCGUGACCCUUCUGCCUCCUCACGCCUUGCCAGGGGCCCAGAGUCAAAGUGCAUCCUUGGGGCCGAUGGCGUCGGCGGCAGCAGCAGUGGGCCUGAGCCUGGAGUCUCCUUCCCAGCAGCAGCCCCACCCACCCUGCCCGAAGUCAGCCCCGGGCCCUGGCACCCUGGGGGACCCCCACUUUGGGACCAGAGAGGCUGCCUCCCAUGGGCUGCUAG